AAGUACACUACAAAAAAAUUCAACUACCACACCAUUAUUUAAAUGAAUAUAUUGUGAUAAAUUGUUUUAGCACAAUAGUGUUUGUGCAACGUUAUAAUCUUCAAAAUUUUCACGAUAUUUAAUAGAAAAAAAAUACUUUACACAGGGUGGCCAAUUGCUUCAAGAUUAACAUUUUGGCCUAAAAUGGUUUGUGACGGUCCUGAUCCUCCAGAAAACAACCCUCAUGAACUUAGUCCACCUCCUAGACAUGAUCUUUUAAUGAAUGGUCCUCAAGUAGAAGACAGUGAUGACGAAAAUGAAUAUGUUGGAUAUGAACCAUUACCUCAGGGACCUGAGAUUUCAUAUUCUGAUCAAGAUUUGGAAGAAGAUGAUCAGGAUACUGAGCAGCCACCGAACAAUAUCCCACCUAUUGAAUCAGUGGAAGUUGUUUUAACAAGGGAGGUGUGGAAUACACCCAGAAACAAUGAUCCAAUACAAAUGGAUAGUGAACGAGCACAACAGGUUAUGUCCGCAAUGGCAAAUUUUUCGCUUCCACAAACCUCAAUACCUGAAUGGGCUCGGAGCAUAUCAGAAGAUCAAUGGAAACGUACACUUAAUGAACAAAUACAGAAAAUCAAGAGUAACAGUUAACCUGGCAUUGUACGUUAAAAUAUAUUUUGUUUCUUCUAAAAUUAGUCAUUGAAGGGAUUCUUGAUCAGCCAUAUAGAUUCAUAUUUAAAAAGAUUCAAGAAUUGAACUACAGUCACGUUGUCAGGCGGACAGUCAUACUUUAGUGUUGUAACCAAAGUAGGUUGUCAUUGUCAGGCGGAGUCAUGCUUUAGUGUUGUAACCAAAGCCAGACUGGUUUGAGGAGAGCCCCCAGCUGUUGGCUGUGCACCUGGCGUUGCUGAUGUCCAUGACAGCGACAAUAUACCACCAGGUUGGUCGUAUGCUCGCCUGCCUGCAACGGCAUGAGGUCUAAGGGAUGAGUGAUAUUGAUAUCUAAGUGAUGGUAUUACAUAGUCAUCACAAUAUAAAAGGCGCUACCUUUCUUAAGCCCUUGGGUUUAAGUCUCAAUUAUAUAAGUAUAACGACAGUCUUACCCUUCAAGCAGUAAGGCAUGUCAGUUUCGCGUCAGAAACAGUCAGGGUGGGGUAUCGACCUGUCGAGUUUUUAUGAACAAGAGUGAAGUAAUUAUUUCGUGUGAAAAAAAAAUUAAUGUCCGCGCAAUAAAAUUGUUUGGGUGAUUGUAUUGUUCGAAAGAAGUUUCUAUCGUCUAAAAGCAGCCCUCGAUUUACUUUCAUUUCAUUUAUUAAUUUUAAUAUAUUAUUGAUUAUUCUAUUUUUUUCUUCUGUGUGUAUCAUAAUUGACAUAUACUUUUGUAGUUGUUCAUGUAAGGUUAUAAGAAGCGUCAAAGGUGAAAUAUAUAAUAUUAUAUUAAAUUAUAUUUAAGUAGAUGAUAAAUUAAUCAAAUUAUUUUGAUAGACUUAAAGUGUAAAGUUAAAGCUUCAUAGUUUGUGACUUAAUAUACUAUCCUAUAUAAUCACAUUAAAAUAGAUGAUAAAAGCAUCAA